UGGUACUCUCACUGCCCCAUACAGUGCCAAUUACAUUACAUUUACUUAAGUUACAAAACAUUUAUCACCACUCACCCAUCUUGUGCUAUUAUAGCUGUGUUUCUGGGAUCAAGUGAGUACCUUGCAUUACUCUACAGCUGUCUCUCGUGCUUUUCCUGUCCUUUGUCCUCAAGCAGAUCCAAGCCAGUGGACCUAAGGAAUGGCAGCACCGUGACUGAGUUUAUCCUCGUGGGCUUUAAGCAGAGCUCCUCUUCCACUCGAGCAUUGCUCUUUGCCCUCUUCCUAGCCCUCUACAGCCUUGCCAUGGCCAUGAAUGGCCUCGUCAUCUUCAUCACCUGGACAGACCCCAGGCUCAACAGCCCCAUGUACUUCUUCCUUGGCCACCUGUCCUUCCUGGAUGUCUGCUUCAUCACCACCACCAUCCCACAGAUGCUAAUCCACCUGAUAAUGAAGAACCAUAUUGUCUCCUUUGUCUCUUGCAUGACCCAGAUGUACUUGGUCUUCUAUGUGGGUGUGGCUGAGUGCAUCCUCUUGGCUUUCAUGGCCUAUGACCAUUAUGUUGCCAUCUGCCACCCACUGGCCUAUGCCCAGAUCAUGAGCCAGCAGGUCUGCAUGAGCCUGGUGAGUAUUGCCUGGUCCUUUGGGCUGAUCAAUGGCAUCUUGCUUGAGUAUAUGUCAUUCCAGAAUCCCUUCUGCAGAGACAACCACAUAGAAAACUUCUUCUGUGAGGCCCCCAUAGUGAUUGCUCUCUCCUGUGGAGACCCCCAGUUUAGUUUGAGAGUCAUCUUUGCCGACACCAUUGUGGUGCUGCUCAGCCCCAUGGUGCUCAUUGUCAUCUCCUAUGCCCGCAUCCUGGCCUCCAUCCUGGGCAGGAACUCCUCCUCUGGUCGAGGCAAGACCUUCUCUACCUGUGCCUCCCAUCUGACCGUGGUCAUCUUUUUCUACACCUCGGCCAUGUUCUCUUACAUGAACCCCCGCAGCACACAUGGUCCUGACAAAGACAAGCCUCUCUCCCUCCUCUACACCAUCAUCACCCCCAUGUGCAACCCCAUCAUCUACAGUUUCCGAAACAAAGAAAUGAAGGGGGCCAUGGCGAGGGCCCUUGGGAGAAGCAGCCUUUCCCAGGCAGAGUCUGUCUAGUGGGAAGAUGCCUGGAGGGGCAGCUUCCUCCUCCACUCCUGUGCUGAGAGACUCCAGGAAAGAGCAUUCAUAGGUUCCUUUGCACCAGCAUCAGGCCUGGAAGAUCCUAUUGAUAUCGAAUGCUCAUAUAUCUGAUGUACCUUUAAACACUGUGUUCUCUUGGACCUUCUUCAUGAGACUUGGAAAUCUUCCUGCUGAGUAAUUUUCUUCUAAGUUCUCACAACAGGAUCUAUAAACACGUAAGUACACUUAAUUCUAUUUCAUUUUCUUUGCAUAGCACUUUUAUAUGCUCUUGCCAGCCUGAGUUCUGCCUAGACAUUUAGGAGUAAACUUUUUCUUUCAACUUAAUCUGUUUUUUUUUUUUUCUCACACUCCACUCUCUCUUCCUGAAUCUGCCCUCAUCCACUCUGCUCCUAUAUGAGAAACAGUAGAGGAAGAAGUAAGAAAAAAGGAAUCGGGGAGCAGUGUUAGACAUUAAGAAAAGUCAGCUAGAAAAAAGAAGAAAAAGAAAAAUUAGGGAUCAGCAGCCUAAACUUCAUCUUGUUUGCCUCCACUAGCCCAUGAGGGGGAGUUUGUGGUGGCAUUAAAUUAGCAACACUGCAUUUGGUGUAUGUUUGUGCUUCUCCGUGUUGGGAAGGGGCAAGUAGGAGAUGUUAGGUGUCACACGCCUUCUUCUAAGUCCUCCAAUUUCCUUAAAUGCAUGACUAUUUGAUAUUUUCCAUUAUAUCCAAGUAAUAUGUACCUCUAUCAAGCUUCUCAGACUACCAGUUUCUUCCCUGUUACCCAUGCCCCUAAUUAACUCUUCUCUCCCUACUUCCUUUUUGGUAGCCAUCUACCAUUUAAUUCCAAUUCAGUCCUAUUCCAUCUUAUCUCCUCAUCUUAAAUGGAAACAUUUCACUCCCUGUAUUUUAAGGAACAUCACUCCAACACUACUUCCACCUUUCCGAAGACUUUCUAUUUGUGAUCUCAAUCUUUCUAGCCUCAUCUAGCUUCUCUCCUUAACUUAAUCCAACAUACCUUGAAAGGGCAUUAUAUUCUCAGCUGUUCUCCUUCUUUGAAGACUGCAUCUUUCUCAUGCUCCCUUCAUAAUAGGAAGGAAAGAAAAUAAUACAGGCCUGUGCUUUGUUUUCUGGUGCUACUUCCAUUAAGAUGAAUGCACCUCACUUGGGAUGCUCUCAGAUAGAUAUACAACCCUUUCCACAUCCUGUAUAUCACCUACUACUCUCUACAGUGACAUAAAGUAGUAGCUUCACUCCACAAAGCUCUACUCUUUUGAGUCCAAACUGGGGAGUCUGUAGAUAUGAGAAUAUGUAAGAAGCAUUUCUCAGAUAACAAGGAGGAAAUGAGACACUAGUGUAAUCAAGCAGAAACAAUAAGCAAAGUACUUAAACAUUUACAUCAUCAAAGAAAAACUACACCAGGGCAAAGUGAAGUAGGCAAGAAAGACUUUAUUUAAGACUACUGCAACAGGGAGAUUGAAUUCAACUCUGCUGAAACAAGUGGCUGGAGAGUUUUUAAGAGCUGCAGUAGGGAGAUAUUUAGGCGACCUGUGGGUGGUAAUUGCUCUUACCCAGAGGAAAAGUAAGCUUGCAUGCUGUAGUUUAUAAUCUGGGGCAAGACACCCAUUAAAGUUAGAUCCCUACCCUCCCACAGAGACUAGGAAAUAGGGGUGCUAUCUUCCUUGAGGAUUAUAUUUCAAAGGGAUGGCUCCUGGGUCCUUGAGUAAGACAUUCCCUUGGUCUAAAAACUGGAAAGUGGUUUUUAGGUAGGUUUCUGUACAUUUCAAAGGGGCAGAGAAAGAAUUUGCAAUUCCAAGUUUCUAAAGUGAAUGCUCUAACAAAAGAGAUUAGGGGCAACAGUCAAGAAGAAACUUGCCCUAAGUGUAGUCCAGGGAAAGGGGAAGGUUAAAAGGUCUUCCUGGUCACCAUUAUUCUUCCCUCAGAAUCUCAGUUCCUUCUCCAAUUUGAAAAUUUCUGUUUCAAAAAGCCUUAAAAGUUUGUUAACAGGUGGGGUGGGAGAAAAGAGAAGAAAAAAAUAAGGGGAAAGAAGAGGAAAGUGUGCUUUUUUAAAAGUCUUCUGAGAAAUAAUUUAAUAUUUUCCCAGCACUAUUGCCUGCUGACAUAAACAAGACACAGUUCCAGCUUUUAAGCUCUAAGUCUAUUAGGGCUGCUAAGAACCUACUCAAUGGACAUGAGUUUGGGUGAACUCCGGGAGCUGGUGAUGGACAGAGAGGCCUGGCGUGCUGCGGUUCAUGGGGUCGCAAAGAGACACGACUGAGCAACUGAACUGAACUGAAGAACCAGUAAUGGUAAUACAAAGGGCAAACUUAUGUAACAGGCCUAUACAAAGUAGAAGACUAUAUAUGAGAAGACAGAUAACAGCACUCACAUUUAUUAAGUACUUAGGUUCUAAUAGCUUCUUUCAAUCUUCACAAAACCCUUUAGGCUCUAGUACUGCCUCCAUUUUGAGUUGCAAAACUGAGGCUCGAAGAGGCUGAUUUGUUCAAAAUUCCAUCACAUUUCAAAUGUCAUAGAUGUAAUUCUACAUUGGGCAACAGUUCCAGAGCCUGAACUCCUUAAGAGGUAAUCGAAUUCUUUCCUGAAGAAUGGGGCAGGCUUUAUACUGAGAAGGUGAUAUUAGAACUAAGCCUUAAAGAAUAAUCAGGAAAUUAAAGGUAGAAAAUAGGGUGGGGUUGACAGAGGUUGACAGGGACUAGUAAUUCCAGACUAGAGGAACUGUCUGAUCAUAGACAUGGUGUGUUAAACGUGCGUGGUGACGGGCGAGUAUGGCCAGGAAUACUGGGAUUUGGCUGAGUGACCUAGAACUGUCUUCUCAAAGCCAUUUAAGGUCUUGGGCUCCCAGGAGACCCGGGCGCCGGAUAGGAAUCGAUGCAUUGGUGUAGGAGGUUAACAGAGACUGGCCCAGGGGCAGAAAAAUGUGGGGAAGGAAACCCAAGAAUUCUACCCAGAGUCCCGGCUCAGCCCGCCCUCCGUUGUAGCCCGGCCCUGGGCUCUUUUCAUCGAAAGCUGGCCCGUGCUUCCCAGCCUGGUUAGCCGCCGCACCACUAAACUACCCAGAAGGCCUCGGGGUUCUGACCAGAUAGCAGUCGCUAGAAGAUGUGGGCGUGGUCCGAGCUAAGAACCUGCGCCAAUCAGCCUUCCCCAGCCUCUCGAAGCUCCGCUAAAACAACCAAUGAGCGCCUUCUCCUUGGCCGCCCAUUCCCCGCGUGAGAACUGGAACCUGAUCACUCUGGGAGAGGACCAGCUGUUCUGUGAGACUCCGCAGGCGCCCUCUCCUGCUAGGGCCUGCGGGCCUCUGGCUUAGGAUACCUUCCCAGCCCCGGGCAAUUUUUUGUUGUUGUUUUAGGUGUUUUUUGUUUGUUUGUUUGUUUUUAAUAUAAAUUUAUUUAUUUUAA